GUUCCGGCUUAUGAUGGGAGCGACCGUAGAAACGUGCCGCUACACCGAGUGCGUGUGGCAUCUGUCGGAGGAGCAGCGAUUGAAAGAGCUGAGAAAGAGACCCAACGGAUCGCAGAUUCGUCUCUGUGAUUUCGUAGCUAUGCGUACUGGUCCGUAUGAUUGGAUCAACUUGGUCGGUUGUGAAGUUGAACUGAAGUAUUUCGGCGAUGAUAUAAUGGGGAUUGCGCCCAUCGUGCUGGUUAAUGUUCCUGUCGGGCGACUGAGGACGCUCGAUUUGGGCUGCGCGAUGUGGGAUGUUCUGGAGGCGGCGCUGCCGGCGUUAAGCGGUGAAGAGACCCACAUGUUGGCUAAAUGGCUGGCUUUACUGGCAAGCAAUAGGAGCCCCAGUACUGAUCUGAAGCAGAUCCACAAGAUGUUGUGCGCGGUGCAGACGGCUGAUCCGCGACCGACAUCACACUAUCGAGGGAAGAAGUGGUGCAUGGAUGGGCUGGGAGAUUCGCAGUUGGGGAUGGUGUCCCGCAUCGCGCAGCACUUCUUGCUGGAGUUUGCGAAAUGCCACUGCCAGCUUAUUCCAGAUGAUGGGCGACUUGCACAGGAUCGCAAUUUUGACUGCGUGAAAUACUUUUGCCGCAAGAAGAUGUGAUGCACUCUUUAGAAAUACGUGGGCGUAAU